AUGAUUUUACCUAUGGCUGAAAGUUCCGAGACCGUUCUCUCUUCGAUUCUCGCUAUUGCUGCUCACGAUCUGGCAUCGGAGUACCAGCCGAACGAUGUCGGGUUUCAAGCAUACCACCAGAUGUCGAGAACGUACCAAAAUAAAUCUCUCGCUCUCCUAGCGAAGGAGUUGAACUCUCUUUCCGCUUCGUCCUCCUUCGGGUCGGAUGUGAGCACAUCAUCUGCCUUCACUCUUGCAUCCGUGAUCAUUCUUUGCAACAAUGAAUUCAUGCAACCGCAGGGAGCUGGAUGGCGGGUCCAUCUCGCAGCUGCAAGGGAGAUCAUCAUGGCAGCAAAAAGCAGAUCACACACUUACAAACCAUUGGCCAGCAUUGAAGAGUUCCUCAUGAUUGAAUUCUACGAAGCCUCUGUUUGGGCCAAUCUGACGACUUUCGAUGACUCCAACGAAGACGUCAAGCCUUUUCCCCAUAGCAACGAGACUGCAGUCUUUACCGAUUUUGUCCGUGUUAUCGAUGAAAUCACUCAAAUGGAGCGCCAUAAGUUUCGGUCCCAAUCACAAGGCCUACCUCAUCAUUCCGGACCAACGCCGGCUAUCCUCAUGCAAAUCAAUUCUGCUCGAGAUAGCAUGCUUCACCUUGCUGAUACUAUCAACUUUCACGUCGAGGAAGAUCGAAAAACCUUCAAGUUGGUGGUAUUAAUGUACUACCACGCAACUCUCAUCUACAGCUGUCAAGCCCUGGGAGAAUUGCCUACCCGAGACUUCGAUGCCCACAGUUCUCGCGACGAGAUUCUCCAAUAUUUGCAAUCCCUUUCCGGCAUGCGGAUUGACCUCUUUGCUCAAGAUCUUGUUUGGCCACUAUUUAUGGCAGGAACCGAAAUCCGAAGCAACCCAGACGCGCACAACGUCAUUCGCGCUGGUUUUCAUUCGGUGAUGCAGUUCAGUCGCACUUUGGACAGAGCGCGUGUCUUGUCAUUCCUGGAGUCUUGGUGGCAAAGCCCUGUUACUUACGUGUCUUGGAUCGAUCUGGCGCGGAAGCAAUAUCGUGCUUCACAUUGUGAUUUUCUCGUGGUUUGA